AUGAAGCAUCUAUGGCAGCUGCCCCCAUCAUUAUUCCUCAAUUUGAUGCAUGUUUGCCUGGCUCAGGCAAAUUACGCUCCCUAUUUCUUCGACAAUGGAGCUAGCAGCACUAACGGGAACAUGGCACUUCUCAGCCUUUCGGAAGACACAGCUGUCGGUACACAUGUGUACACAUUGAACGGAACAGAUCCGGAAGGGGAUCCGGUAACCUAUGGCAUGACCUUUGAAUCUGGGUCGAGAAAGUACUUUGCUAUUGAUGAAAACUACGGAAAUGUUACACUGAUUGAAGAGCUGGACCGUGAGAGAGAAGAUGAGGUUGAAGUUGUUGUCAGCAUCUCAGAUGGCUUAAGUACAGUGGCUGAGAAAGUCAGGAUCCUUGUAACAGAUGCUAAUGACGAGAGCCCAGAAUUUACCAACACGCCAUACAUAGCCCAAGUCCUGGAGAACACACCUUCAGGAAGCAGCAUCUUGAAAAUUGAAGCCAUAGACAGAGACACCGGUUCAGGGGGGAGCAUUACCUACUUUCUGCAGAACAUCCAUACAAAUAAGUUUACUAUAGAUCGCCACAGUGGUGUCCUUCGCAUCAAAACCGGGAUCACUCUUGACUAUGAAAAAUCAAGAACUUAUUUUGUUACUGUGGUGGCAAAGGAUGGUGGUGGCAAGCUCCGUGGCAACAACAAGGUGUUCUCAGCCACAACCACUGUCACAAUCAAUGUGGAAGAUGUUCAAGACACACCUCCAAUGUUUGUCGGCACUCCCUACUAUGGAUAUGUCUAUGAGGACACUCUGGCCGGUUCUGAGGUAAUAACAGUCGCUGCUAUUGAUGGGGACCGAGGGAAGCCCAAUGACAUUCAUUACCAUCUUAUGAAUGGAAGUGAAGGCUCGUUUGAAAUAAAUAACGCGACUGGAGCCAUUUCUGUUAUUAAAAGCCCAAUUCAGCUGAAGAAAGAAGUAUAUGAACUGAAAAUUCAGGCUUCCGAAAUCAGCCCGGAGGGUGAGGCGACCGCUCACGCCUUUGCCACGGCAACCAUACGAGUUGUGGACCUCAACAACCACCCGCCGACGUUCUACGGAGAAAACGGGCCACAGAACCGAUUUGAGCUCACAAUGUACGAGCAUCCACCGGAGGGCGAGAUUCUGAGAGGCCUCAAAAUUACCGUCAAUGAUUCAGAUCAGGGGGCGAAUGCGAAAUUCAACCUCCGGCUUGUCGGGCCAGGCGGCAUUUUCCGCGUUGUCCCUCAGACUGUGCUGAAUGAAGCGCAGGUCACAAUCAUCGUAGAAAACUCUGCUGCCAUAGACUACGAAAAGUUCCAGGUGUUGACCUUCAAGCUUCUUGCAAUAGAAGUUAACACACCUGAGAAGUUCAGUUCAACAGCAGAUAUUGUGAUCCGUCUCUUGGAUACGAAUGAUAAUGUCCCAAAGUUUUCAUCUGAUUACUACAUCGCGAGGAUCCCAGAGAAUUCUCCUGGCGGCUCCAAUGUUGUGGCUGUAACGGCAACAGACCCUGAUUCAGGCCUUUGGGGUGAAAUGAAAUACUCCAUUUAUGGAACAGGUGCAGAUCUAUUCCUCAUCCAUCCAUCCACUGGGAUCAUUUACACCCAGCCAUGGGCCACGUUAGAUGCAGAAGUUACGUCCAAGUACAACUUCUAUGUGAAGGCAGAAGAUACAGAGGGGAAGUAUAGCUUGGCUGAAGUCUUCAUUACUGUGCUUGAUGUCAACGAUCACUCCCCAGAGUUCAACGAGAACAUCCAGGAAAAAACCAUGAUUAUUGGCACUCCAGUGAAAGUGGAGGCAAUAGACCAGGAUGCGGAAGAACCCAAUAACAUAGUUGACUAUUCUAUUAUGCAAGCAGAUCCUGCCAAUGUGUUUGAUAUAGACCAAAGCACCGGAGAAAUAAAACUGAAAUCCUACAUAAGAUCCUUGGACAUAAUUCACAACAUCACCAACAACAAAGACUGCAUAUGGUCGGUGGUAGUUCAAGCCAAAGAUCGGGGCUCUCCUUCAUUUAGCACCACCGCUGUCCUGAAGAUUGAUAUCACAGAAGAGACUCUUCACAAAGGGCCUAUGGCUGCCUUUUUGAUGCAAACAAAAGAUAACCCCAUGAAAGCCUUAGGAGUGCUAGCUGGUGUCAUGGGGGUGAUGGUGGCGAUCACCAUCUUAAUCUCCACCGCCAUGUUCUGGCGCAAUAAGAGAACCAACAAAAUCAUGCCCGUGAGGCGGAUCAUUAAAAAGAGGCAGAACCAACCAAGCAGGACGAUCAGGGUGGAGUGGCUGAAAUUCAAGAGGCCCAGCAACGCUGCGGAGAAGUUUGCCGUCGAAGAGGAUGCCAAGAGCCUGCAAAAUGAGAACAGCAACAACAACUUGCAGGUGCCCGUUCCUCCUCCGCCACCUGCUGCUCCAGCCCUCCCUCCAGCCCCAGCACUCAAGACUUAUGUCUCUGAAUGGAGGGUCCCCACAGUAUCCGGGUCGCUGAGUCCGAAGAUUAUGAAAAAGCAGGCGAAGAAAGGCGCUGCGGUCUGCACAUCUCACAAUGCCCUGGUGUCGGAGCUCAAGCAGAGGUUUGAGAUGAGAAAUGCGGCAAGCCCUCACAUUUAG